AUGAGCCCCGCGGUCUCCAUUGGCACCGGCACGUCCGAGUUCCCCUGGAUCGUCUGCCACGAGCUCCCGGUACCGCCUCCCCUCACAUCCCGCACACCUUUCCGCAUCCCCACGUUCUCCCAUCCCCCCCGCACCCUCCCUCUCCCACCUUCCCGCAGCCCCGCGUGUUUCCCACCCCCUCCCGCCUCCUUCCAGCCGCUGCAUCCCCCCCCCCCCCCCCCCACACGCCGGCCCAAUCAGGGCCGCUCGGAGGAAUUCAAACCCCGGCCCCGCAAGCGCUGGCGGCGGCUCCGCUCCGCUCCCCGGCCGGGAAGGCUGCGCCGUGGAACGGCAGCGGCACCGGGAGCGGGGCCGGUCCGGAUGGGCUCGGGGAGCGGCGGGGCGGGCGCGGACCCCGCCCGCUGUCCGGAGCGCAGGUGA